CGGAGCCUUCUCCGGUUACCCAGCCUCCCUCUCGCACCUCCCGCCCUCCUCACUUUGGCACCACUCAGGGGCCUAGCUUUGGCACCGCCCAGCAGCCUCGCUCUGGCACCGCCCCCUGGUUGCCAAGCAACUGCUUCCCUCCCCUGUCGCUUGGCCUCCUUACUCUGGCGUCGCCCCCUGGUUGUAAAGCGACUGCUCCCCAGCCAGGGGCUUCACUCUGGCCCCUCCAUGCGCGUGGUUGAUCUCUCCCUGUCCUCCGAGGGCACUGAGGUCAUUUUGGCCACAUCCAGCGAUGAGAAGUAUCCUCCCGAGAACAUUAUCGAUGGGAAUGCUGCCACAUUCUGGACCACCACGGGGAUGUUCCCCCAGGAGUUCAUCAUCUGUUUUCACAAACACGUGAAGAUCGAAAGGCUCUCCCUCCACUGCUAUUUUGUGCGCAGCUUGCGGAUUGAGAAAAGCAACGCCAAAGAGCCGGUUGACUUUGAGCGGUGGGUAGAAAGAGACCUGGUGCACACAGAGGGGCAGCUUCAGAUUGAAGAAUUCAUGGUAAGCUCACGCUCGGGCCCGGCUGGUUCAACGGGCACGCACGUGUCCCAGCCCUGCAAACCAGCGGAGGCUCCUGCAGGCCCUUCACGAGGCCAAGCCCACAAUCCGCGUCCGGGGCAGCGCAGCUCCCAGGCCUUUGGGGCGCCUCUUUCUUGGGGCCCUGCAGAGCUCCCUGUGUCGCCCCAGGACUAGAUCACGGCACCGGGCCUGAAGCGUUACGUUAAGGGCCGCCACACUAGGCCUGACUUUGGCCAGAGGGCCUUGCUCCUAGAAUGCCACAAAAUAUAACAUUAUAUAAUUUCGUUGUAGGGGGGAGUGUGAGGGAGAGAACAUAUUUUUGUUCAUUGAAAAAAAUUGAUCUAAAGAAAAAACUCAAAAUUAAAGAAAUCUAACAGGGAGGCGAGCUUCCGUCAGACCCAGAGCAUGACAAAAAAUUGGCCAGAAAGUCACAGAAUCCUUUUCAGAUGCUCAGUCGGCUCUGGAGAUGGGACCCCAGAGGCUUUUUGGAAUGGGGGGAAGGUGGGGUGCUGGGUACAUUCCUACAUUCGAUUUGGGUUUGGAGGCCCUGGGCCGGAGGUGCAGCUCUGCUUGUGUGCUCUGGGUGGCCUUGGACAAGUCACUUCUCUUGUGUGUGCCUUAGCCUCCUUACCUGCAAGGUGCGAAGGACACGGACUCGGUGGUUUCUAGGGUUGAUCUCCUUCAGCCCUGCCUCCCGUGAUCCCGCAAAGGGAGGAGAGUUUGACUGACAUAAUCAUAAGCGGUUGGGGAAGUGAAAGGUCCAGAGAUUCUGGGCCGGCCGAGCUCAAGGGAAGGCCCACAGAGCAGGAGCAGGACUGCCUGGUACCUGCCAGUGGGCUGGCGGGUCAGAGAAUCGGGACCUGUGGUGGGAGAUCCUGCUCUCCGUUUUGCUUAGGCCCAGCACCAAUGCCAGCCUCAUUCCUUCUUGGCCAAGUGGGCUUCGGGUUAAAAGUCCCCCUAAAUUCCGUAUUUCACCCUCUGCCAAGUCCGACCAGCGGUUCUGGAGGGACUUUUGGAGAGGUCAGCGUAGGCUUCUGAGGCCCAGCUAUGGGCCGUUUGUGGGGGCAAACAGAGGAGUAGAAGAAGCCCUUUGACGUCUAUCCUCCUUUCCGAACAGGCUCCCUGUUCCCACCCACAUCCCCUUGGUCACAAACAGUUCUGAAGCACCCACUAUGUGCAGGACCUUGGGAUGGGGCUGGGGGUGGGGGGGCACCUGGGCGCUGCCCUCCAGCAGACUAGAAUCAAAGAGGUCAAGUGAGCCGUGAAAUCUGAGAAAGGAAAGCUGAUUUCUCCUGGAAGGAUUAGGGAAAGAGACAGAGAGCUGCCCCGGCAGCCAGAAGACCGUGACUCGAACCCAGGCCCUACCUCUUGAUGACUAGGACCCUGGUCAGUUACUUCGAUGCUCAUCCCCAGUUUCUUCAUCUGUGAAAUGGGAUUAGAGAUGCGCAUGCUGAGCAGAAGAGAUGCUGGUGUAUGUCAGUUGUGUUCAUAGGGCUGUCCUCCCCCGUCCCUGUAAGGCAGGCCCGGAGAAUUGGGACAACUGGCCUAGGGUCCGCCGGACCUCUCUCCCCUGUCACCUCGCAUUGGCUAGGCCUCCUGCCGUGUGUGUGCUGGCACGACCCCGGGCCCUUCCCCCCACCCUCAGGGCGGCACCUGUGCUCCAGCCCCUGGCCUGAGGGCUCACCCUGGCAGGGCCAUCUUGGAAGGGGCUGGAAGUCCAGGGAGCCUGGCGGGCUCGGGCUGGCAGGUGGGCUGCCAGCGUGGCUGUUGCCAGUGCUGCUCGCUGCUUUCUCUCCCACAGUUCCGGGACGGCUACGCCACCCACUUGCGGUUCAUCAUCAAAUCGGCCUACGACCACUUCGUGUCUGUGCACAGAGUCUCCAUAGAAGGGAUGAGCGUUUCGGCCAUCACCUAGGCGUGCCGGAAGCCCGCUGCCCGUCUGCCUGUACUGUUUGUAUAAAUAAAGCGAGCCUCCUAGCCAUGCCGGUA